CAGAUGAUCAAUCAAAUAAAAUCAUUCACAAAAAAGUCAAGUCAAAUCCGAAAAGUUGAAUUGUCAUAUUAUUCAUUAUUAUUAUUUUGGAAAGUAUUCUAAAUUUUAUUUUUAUUUGAAUAAUUGAGCUGCCACGAUGAGCGAGGGCGAAGGAACUUUGGUGGACAAGUCGGAAAGUAGCUCGUUCGAAGACCUCGCGGCCGCGGCGGCUCAUGAGAUCGAGGAGGCAAAGCUCGCCGAGGCAGCUGCUUCCAAAGACAAGACAGAAGAAACAAAAACUGAUGAGUGGCAAGAUUUGCUAGGGUCAGGCGCACUACUUAAAAAGAUAAUAAAAGUUGGUGAAGAAUCAAACGGUCUCCGACCCCACAGAAGUGACAUUUGCCGAAUUAGCUAUGAGGUCAAAAUUAAAGACACAGAUACAGUUGUGGAAAAAAGGGAUCAUGUUAAGAUAUAUUUGGGUGACAAUGAAAUUCUGCAAGGGCUGGACCUAGCAGUAACGAUGAUGUACAAAGGGGAAGAAUGCCUUCUACAAAUGAACCCACGAUUUGGUUAUGGUGAAAUUGGGCUGAAGCCAGGCGAGAGUUUGGGCCUAGUAGGAGAGAUUGAUGGGCCCAAGUAUGAGGGCCCCAUGAUAGAUGCAGACACCUGGCUAGAAGCUCGUGUGGAACUCCAUGAUUGGGUUGAAGAGCCUGAACAUGAAAAUUUGCCGAUUGCUGAAAGAAUGGAGACAGGUAUCCGUCGCCGUGCCCGCGGCAACUGGUGGUACGGUCGCGGAGAGCCGACCCUCGCCGUGCAACUAUACCGUCGCGCUUUAGACGUGCUAGACGAGAGCGAUGGUGGUAUCACCGCUCCCACUCCCAGUGGGGACAUAGCGCCAACUAGCGAUGAUCUGCAGGCGUUGUUGGAAGAACGGCUGAGGGUGCAUAAUAAUAUGGCUGCUGCUCAGUUGAAGGCGGGAGCUUAUGAGGCGGCAUUGCAGGCAGUAACCAGAGUCCUGACCUGUCAACCGAAGAACGCGAAGGCCUUAUACCGCAAAUCCCGCAUUUUAUCAUCGAUGGGCCGUAAUUCUGAAGCCCUAGAAGCCGCCCGGGCCGCCGCGGCUGCAGCCCCGGAUGACUCGGGUGCGCGGAAAGAGUUGCAGAGAUGUGAACAAAGGGCCACUAGAGAGAGGUCCGUCGAGAGGAGACUGGCUAAACGCAUGUUGGGCACCACUCCCCCGAAAGCUGGAUCGCCUGAUAAGAAACCUAGUAGGACUAAGAUGUUGGUAUGGGGCUCGCUGCUGCUGAGCAUCCUGAUGGGAGUGGCGAGCGUGCUGGUGUACCGCUACAAGAUACAGGCGCAUUGACCACGGGGAUCGACCGCAACACCACAAGUAAUGGAGAAUCCAAUGGUGUUAUUGGAGGGGGAUGGUGCACACUAUACUUAAGGCCACGUCAUAUCUUCGCUGAGUAAGAAAAUCAAGCCUUUCAGCUCUCGGUCUUCGCCCUACGUAUUGAAAACGGCAAAAUAUAUUAUUAUGUAUAGUUGUUGUUACUGCUGUAAAUAUUUACUUUUAAAAAGAGUUGUCUACAAUUGCUAAAGUGCAAUCUGAUUAUUUUUUUACUAUAUUUAUACAAGUAACGAAUUGUUUUCGCUAGGACAGUUACAGCAGACUUAAAUUAUGUGGUCGUCGGACAGUAUUUGAUUAGAACAAAUGGGAGGUUACAGCUGAUUUUGUUGAUUUAGUAAGAAUAUAAAACAUAACUGUUGUGAAUAUAAUCCUACAUAGAUCUGGGUUCCCAAAAUCAUUGUUAUUACAUGUUAGACAAUACUAAAUGUACCUUACAAGGGGCUAAGUGUAGUUGCAGUUUAGUUCAUGUUAAUCAUUGGCUUUCACGAUUCGCCGCCACGUGCAUUUAUGUCUAAAUUUCUAUGUACAUAUAUAAUUAUGUAUAUUUAAAUUAUAUGUGUAAAUUGUUUGUUUAUAGUUAGUGCCAAAAUGUAUCAUAUCCAUGUGUAGGUAUAUUUCAAUGUCUAAAAAAAUCAGAUCAUCCAGAAGAUAUUUAUAGAUAGCAAAAUAGACAAGAUACAUAGUCAAACUUGAACAUAUUUUUCGACUCUUAUAUUUGCAAAGGAAGAUGGAAGCAUUUGGGUAAAUAUUUGAAGCAUUCCAACUUUGUUUUUAUUUAGGAUCAAUAUUUUUUUAUGAAAAGUGUGAGAGGCGCUUUCCUCCAAUUUAUGGGUGCUUUUCACUCGCAUUUAUGUAUCCGUUGUUGUUCACCACCAGCAUUCUUCAGGUAGCUAUUCAUUAGGUAAAUUACAUAGUUUCAAGUUUAUCUUUUAGACAUCGCUUUUGGGUGGUGCAACGGCCUUACAAUGUUUUCCAACGUAAUAUUUUUACAAACAUAAAAUGAUUCAGUUGUCUGUCAGUUGAAUAAAGCACACAAAGUAAUGUAAAAUUAGAUUUAUUUAAGGCAUUGGUUUGGUAAGGAGUCGCUACGACUCCUAUAGGAUAUCAAUAUGAAUAAAAAAACUUAAAAAAAUGGUGGUUCCAGUAUACACUUUCACUAAUAAAAAAAUAUGUUAA